AUGAUCCUGCGAUGGGCGCAUAGAAGCGCGAAUUCGCUCGAGUUCAAGCAGCUGUUCACGCCGGUCAUUGGCUUGGAGGUCCAUGUGCAAUUGGCCACGAAAACGAAACUCUUCUCCCCGGCGCCUGUGCAAGACGAUGCGCCGCCAAAUUCAGUGGUCCACGCGUUUGACAUGGCCACCCCGGGCACGAUGCCGCGUCUUAAUCGACAGUGUGUCAUGUUGGCGCUGCGAAUGGCGCAUGCUUUACGUUGCGAAAUCCCGCCGUGGAGCCGAUUCGACCGCAAGCACUACUUCUAUGCCGAUAUGCCAGCUGGUUACCAAAUCACGCAGGCCGAUCAUCCGAUCGCCACAAACGGCAGGCUUGACGUCCCAAUUGAACGGCUACAACUUGAGCAGGAUUCUGGGAAGACCAUGCACCAGGACGGCAGCUCGUUGGUGGACUUGAAUCGUGCGGGCGUCCCACUCGUCGAGGUGGUCACUGCGCCCGUCUUCCGGUCGGCCCUCGAAGCCACCUGUUUCGUCCGCCAGCUGCGCCUCAUCCUCAUGCACUAUCAAGUCUCGCGCGGGCAAUUGCACAAGGGCCACCUCCGCGUCGACGCCAACGUCUCGCUGGGCAAGGAUGGCGAGAAUGGCGUGCGCACCGAGAUCAAGAACCUGAACAGUGUCCGGCUGCUCCACACGGCGAUCAACUACGAGAUUGACCGCCAGUACGGCAUCCUGUCGACGGGCGGCCGGGUGGUGAACGAAACGCGUGGGACAGACGCGCAAGGACGCACGGUGGCGAUGCGCGACAAAGAGGAGGAGACCGACUACCGCAUGAUGGUCGAGCCGAACUUGCCGGAUUUGAGGAUUCAUGACCGCUGGCUUGCCGACACUCGACAUUCCGUCGAUGCUCUCGGUCUGGCGCCUCAUCAAAAACGAAUCGCCGAUUUCGGAAUCGACCCGCCGGAAGACGAACAGCUGUCCCACUUCUUCGACGCAUGCGCCGGAAAUCUGAAUAAAAGCGCCGAACAGUCGGUUGAUAAGGUUUCCAUCAAGCUCUUCCUCAACUACCUGCAGGACGUGAAAAAUAUUUGCCAGCGCGAGGAGCUACCGUACCCCCCGCGAAGCACGGCGUUCCCCGGGCAAUUCUGCAGCACCCUACUGCUCCUCGAGCACGACAGGAUCACGAGGCUCGUCGCGCUGGCCACACUGCGCGCGGCGCUCCGCGGCGAGAUUGAUGACGUCGAAAAACACAUCACCGACGAGAAGCUGUGGCGCAUCAGCGAGCUGGGCGAAAUUCAGACGAUCUUCGACGAUAUCCUCGUGGUUGACGGGGCGCUGCUGGCCAAGGCACGCGGCGGCAACGCGAAGGCGUUCACCCGGCUGCGCAACGCGAUCAUUGACCGCUCGCGCCGCUGCGUCACCGUCGACGAUGCGGAGAGCUUUUUGAGACGGGUGCUGAAUGAACAGGAAUCUAGUGCA